UCAGAGUCAUCUUAUCCAAAUGAGAAAUCUCCGGGAAAUCACACAUACGCUUGCUCUCCUUUUGCGUAUAAAUAAUUAAAAGAUGUCAGCACAUCUACGUAAUCUAAGUAAAAUUAGAAAUUAGAGGGGAAAUCGAUAUGUAUACAACAAAACCACUUUCGGUACUCAAAGCUUCUCCCGGAACUGCGUCGCAGCCACCUCCGGAAGGCCCCAGUUCCGGGUACCUGGUGCGCGAAGACGAAGAAUCCGAUGGCGGUGACUCUGCCCGUUGCUGGGGACUUUGUGAGGGAACGAGGGUGAGGGAUCUCCCUUUCCCUCAGAAUAGGAUCCUCACUGUCCGAUACGACGACGAACAAGGGCUGGACAGCGCAACUCAUAGCGUCGUGUUCUUCAUCCCUGUACUUGACAAGCCCUUGUCUUCGAAUCACUACUACGUCGUCGUCGGAAAAGGGAAGGAUAAAGGGAAAAUUCAUACGUGCUCUAAAGAGGAGGACAUGAGCACAUGCUGUUUUUGCCAAUGCAUAAAUGACGUGAAGCCGAGUCCCUUUGAUCAUAGAAACAUCUACCAACAAAUGGAAAUCGUGCCGAAGAAGGGGAAGUUCACUGCAAAGUCCGUAGCUUCCGACGGUUUUCCGCCGCGGCUAUUCAGGAAGAAGUAUUGGCAAGUUUACGCGACGAAACCGGAGAACUACUGCUUAAGCGACGCGCUCGGGCUCGACAUAGCCCUCCGGUCGCGUCCGCUAAAUCUCGACUUCCCGAUCAUGGUAGAAGACACCCCGAAGUCAGCCAUCGGGAAGUGGUAUUGCCCCUUCUUUUUCGUCAAGGAAAAUCGGAGCUUCAAGGAGCAAAUGAGCAAUGCCAUGUUCUACGAGAUUUCUCUGGAGCAAUUUUGGGAGCAAAUAUAUGCCAAGGGGAAUUUCCACGGCGACUGCGCAAAUGUUGUUGAGGUGAAUAGUAGCGUGCAGAGCAAAAGAGUUACUGUAAAUGGUGAAGCUGCAGUUGAAGCAGCAGAUGUUGAUGGUUUCGUGUCGUUUGAGAAUGUUGUUUCCAGGAGAAAGAGUAUUGGGCUGAGUUUAGCUGUGUGGAAUAGGAUGAGAUUGGAGCAGAGUAGAGAAGGAUGGGUUGAUGCUGGUGAAGAGAAGGUGGAGAGAGUGGAGGAAUUUGGAGGGGGAUUAAAUGGGUGGAAGAGGUUUGGGUGCUAUGUGUUUGUGGAGAGGUAUGUGUUCAAGAGAAUGGAUGGGAGCUUAGCUUUCACCUUUGAUUUUGUGCACAACAGGAAAGUUAGGACCAAAUGGGAGUGAGGAUCAUUCUAAAUCUACUUUGUAUAUGUUUGAAACCAUUAAGUUUGUUUUCAGGGUUCUCAUGUUAUGUAUUUGUCAGUUAGUUAGUGAAACUAUAGUGGGUUUGUAAAGUUGGUUGUUUCAUGUACCAAUUAUUUCUACUUAUAUAAUAAAUGUUUGAUAAA